AUGGCUUCGAGCAGAGAUUCAGAGGUGGAAAAAUUAAAAGGUACAUGGGAUUAUAUUGAUGGUGAAAAUUUUGAUGAUUUUAUGAAAGAACUCGGCAUUUCCUGGGUGGGCACAAUAACAUUCAGUAAUGGUCGUUGGGUUCAUAAAGCAGUUGAUAAAGACGGAAAAGUGGCGAUGGUUGAACGUUAUAUUGAUGAGAAGGGCCAACAGCAAGUAGUAAUGACAUGUGGUAAAGUCACCGCUAAACGUUGGUACAAACGAGUUUAA